AUGUCUCUAGACCAGAAGUCCAAGGGCAAAGUCGCGGAGAUAGAUGUCGACGACGAUAUCGAAAGGCAGACAUCACCAGAGAAUACACCAGGGUCCAUUCGCUCCUCGUACGAGAAGGAUGGAUACAAUGGACCAGACAAUGGCGAAGCGAACGAUAACCAGACUCCUAUCAGAACGAAAGGCCGCAUUGCCAUCAUCAUGUGUGCACUAGCCCUCGCCCUCUUCCUCUCCGCGCUCGACAGCACCAUCGUCACUACAGCACUCCCGAGCAUUGCAGAACACUUUCACUCGAGUUCAGGAUAUACUUGGGUGGGUAGCGCAUAUCUGCUAGGAAACGCCACCUCGACUCCGAUCUGGGCGAAAGUGUCUGAUAUAUUCGGAAGGAAGCCUGUACUCAUCGCGGCGAAAUUCGUCUUUCUGAUCGGAUCAUUGGUUGCUGGACUUUCGAAUAGCAUUGGAAUGCUGAUCGCGGCUCGAGAUGUACAAGGCAUUGGUGGGGGUGGUCUGAACGUGCUGGUAAGCAUUGUCAUAGGCGACAUAAUACCUCUCCGCAUACGUGGUGCAUUCUACGGAGCCAUGGGAGGCAUCUGGACCUUAUCUCUAGCCAUAGGACCGAUGAUAGGUGGAGCCCUGACCCAGGGCGCGAGCUGGCGAUGGUGCUUCUACAUCAACCUGCCAAUCGACGGUAUCGCACUCGUUGUACUAUUCCUAUUCCUGGAUGUAAAGACACCGAAGACUGCUCUCUUAGCUGGUAUCAAGGCGAUCGAUUGGAUUGGUGUUCUCCUGGUUAUUGGCGGUACGAUAAUGUUCCUGAUCGGACUGCAACUUGGAGGUGUCUCAGCGCCAUGGCAAUCAGCUGAAGUGCUAUGCCUGCUCAGUUUCGGCGUCACGACUCUUGCGUUAUUUCUCUUCUGGGAAUGGCGAUCCGCUCGAAGUCCAAUUAUGCCACAAUCAAUCUUCGCAGGCCGAAGCAACAAAGGAACGUUCGCCGUCGCUUCUCUCCACGGUUUUGUGUUCAUUCCCGUAACCUUCUACCUGCCGCUGUACUUCCAAGCAGUCCGGGGUGCGAGUCCAAUCCAAUCAGGCAUUUGGCUCCUGCCAACGGCAUUGUCGAUUGCAGUCGGAUCACCACUUAACGGACUUUUCAUCGGCAAGACUGGCCAGUAUCUGCCACCUAUAUACUUUGGCUUCGUUCUGAUGACCAUUGGCUACGGUCUCCUCAUCGACUUGGAUGCACACAGUUCGUGGGCCAAGUUGAUACCUUACCAAAUCAUUGCAGCCAUUGGGUUCGGACCUCUGUUCCAGUCGCCAUUAGUAGCUUUACAGGCACAUACUCCACCUAGAGAUCUCAGCACCGCUACUGCAGCGCUGACUUUCGUCCGCUCUCUCUUCACCAGCAUGUCCAUCGUAGUAGGCCAAGCAGUGUACGAGAACGCGUUUGCAAAGAAGAUUCCACAUCUCCGAUCGAUUCUUACACCUGAGCAAGCCGGAUCGAUCCUCAAUGGCAACAUCGGCGCAGCGACCAACCUUAUCGAACAACUUCCACAAGUCCCAAGGAACGCAGUCCGGGUUGCCUUUGCGAACAGUCUGCAACCAAUGUGGAUCAUGUAUUGCGCUUUCGCUGCCGUGGGAUGCGUUGCUAUGUUCCUCAUCAAGCGGAAGGAGCUGACACGUAAGCACGAGGAGACCGUGACUGGUCUAGAAGCUGAGAAGGCGAAUGCUGAGUUGCGUGAUGCCGAAAGAACGGCGAGAAGAGAAGCAAAGCAUCGUAAAAGGGCCGGUCCAUAG